AUGCCCGAGACUCUACAAACUUGGGCGCCGUUCUUCAACACAUAUAUUGAUCCUGAUCACCGCUGCUGUCUCGAACGUGAGGAUGUCCCUGAUUAUCUGGAGAAGGCAAAAGAGUCCUUUAAAAGCUGGGAUGAAUACGUCGCUUUGCUCGGGUCUGGUGCGCUUAUCGAGUCAGCUCUCGCCGACAGAGAGAAGAAUCGAGAAUCCAAGACGCCCAUAAAGCUCCUACAGCACAAAGAAGGAAACAAAACCCGAACCAUCUGUUUGUUCAAGGUCCCAAGGAGAUGUCAAGAGAAUUUCAGAGCGGGAGACAAGGCAUCUGCUCACCUGACUAAGCACUCUUCCCUGCCGAUCAUAGUUGAUAAUUCGUCAGACAGUCGCACAGACCCAUCAUAUCUCCAUGCCGACGAUCGAAAACGCACACACGGACCCUGGGUCAUCAACAUCCUACCACCUGUUGCGACUGGCCCUCCAGAAGUGGCUUGGGCUACAAUUGAACGCCGCCAGGACGCCAAUAAAGAUGGAUAUCACGACCCAAACUCCUAUCCUGUCACUUCAUUUUCAAGGAUUAAUUCCAUACGACAGGGCCGUGGGAUGCGGGCCGCGAUAUGGGGUCUACUUGACGAGGCGACUAUCUGCGCCAGGGUCAUUCCGGAGGACCGCCAUAGCAUAUUUGUUUAUGUUAUCAGAGCAUUGAGCGACCUGAGGACGAAGGUAGCGCGCUCGAAAGAUGGUGGAAUUUCAAAGCUACUAGUUGCAACUUGUCCAGAUGACAUUACUCGACUCAAUAUUUUCGAAUCCCUCAGUGACCCUUCUCUUUCACACGAGGACGGGAUGUUUCUCAAUGAGAGCCAAAAGGAAGCAAUCCGAUUCGGGCAUGAUGCUCCUGCUGGGCUCGUCCUCUGCCACGGCGGGCCUGGGACGGGUAAGACCCAUUUCAUCAUCCAGGCUGUCAGGCCAUUUCUUCUCGACGAUGCGAAAGAGCACCGUGUGCUGCUCACAGCAGCGUCAAACGCGAGUGCCGAUUCACUUGCAACAGCUCUGGACGGAGAACUUAGGCGGGCGAUCCAUACAAGGGAGGGCCUGGGUAGGCGAUAUGUAAUCCGCCUGCACAGCAUCAAGACAGAGAAGUCUGUGGCCUUCAGAGACGCGAAAUUGGCAAGAGAAGCAAGUUUGGUCGCCAAAAAGACCGGACCUCCCACCAGUGAGCCUUCCCCACAGCCUUCGAUGUCGGGACAGGCCGCGACAGUUCUGGCCCAUUGCGAGGCGUACAUGGAACGCAAGUACGAAGGUGUCAGCGACGAGCGGGUGAAUGUCAUUGAGCUUUCUGCAGGCGAGAGGAUGCUCUCGAUCGCCGGAAUACGUGGGGAGAGCCCGCUCUGUGAUGCAGGACGGUUCACGGAAUUCGCAGACCUGUAUACGCGAUUCACCAACGGUGAUCUGUUCAGCUCCAAGGACUGGACAAAUCUUGAUCUGAGACUGGACGAGCUUCUUGCCCAUACAAUCAGUCACGCUUCGGUCAUUUGUGCAACCGUUGGCGGAGCUGCGGACGACUUUUGCAGCACCAACUACGCGGAAGCUGAGCUAAUUGUCGUUGACGAAGCUACUCGAGUGCCUGAAUACCAGAUGUGGCCUUUAUUCGCCUUCUAUACCAAGGCAAUUGGCAAGAUCCUGGUCGGAGAUCCCAACCAGCUGGGUCCUCUGAUCAAAGGAGAUGAUACGAAGGACAGCGGAAAGUUGAUAAUAAACCCUUUGCAAGACCAGCUGGAAAUGUCACUUCAACAGCGUCUUCAGUCCGCAGGUUUCAAGUCGGCCUUCUUCAAUGUGCAAUAUCGAGCCGUCGAGAAAAUUGCCCAGAUUUACAGCAAUGUCUGCUACGGUGGUCUUUUGCAACAUGGUCGAACGUCGAAACUGGAAGACGAUCAACUUGCCAAAGACAUCAUCGAACAUAACCGAGAAACGUAUGGCAUUCCCGAACCUGUUGUUUUCUACAACAUACAAGACGCUACAGAAGGACGGAACUACCACCUGUCGAGAUUCUGUAAGGAAUACGUCAUAUUGGUGCUCAAAAUUCUGCAGAAUCUGUUCGAUGCGGGCUUCGUAAGGCCUGGGAAGGCCUGCUCUAUCGCCAUUCUGACGCCGUAUAUUGAGCAGAAGAGAUUGCUCAAGAUAUCAAAAUCCCAAAUGGAAAAGCAGUAUCCGGCUGCCAAAGACGUCGUCCUGCAGACCGUCGACAGCGUGCAAGGCAUGGAGUACGACGUGGUUAUCGUGGACCCCACUGUCGUGCGUAGCCCCGGGUUUCUCAACGAGAAUCGACUGAAUGUUAUGUUCUCCCGCGCCAGAUAUGGCCUCUACGUCGUGGCGAUCACAGAGCCUGGCUGGCGAUGUGGAGAGACGAUUCGCGCCCACUGA